GCUGCUGCGCUUGGCGCGGCAGCUGCCGCCGGGCUUCGCGCUGCGGUCCAUGCUGGAGCCGCUGCUUCAGGAGCUCAUGGAGCACGUCUUCUGUGAAUGGCCCCGAACCUUGGCCUCUCUUCAGGAUCUGAAAGAGUCAGAAGUCCAGCCAGAGCGCUUAGGCCAACUGACAACCUUUGCCCAGAUGAUAGCUGGCUAUCGAGCAGGCCUGGAAGAGACACGGGAGGCCAAGCUGAAGGCGGAGGCCAAGGAGCAGAGCGCGUGCCUGGUGGCCAAGCAGAAGAGCCGGGCCUUUCAGGAGCUCUCCGCGCAGGCGAAGCAGCUCAAGGAGGAGCGGGACAGCUGUAAGAAGCAGAUGGAGAUCGCGCAGAAGGGCCAGCAAGAGGCGGAGGAGUUCUUCGAAACCUUCAAGCAGCAGACCAAGUUGGCGCUCAUCAACUACUCAGACAUGCAGUACCGCGAGGCGACGGUCAAGGUGGAUCUCCACAAUCUCCAGGUGCAUUGCCGAGAGAAGGACAUCACCAUCGCAGAUCUCCGCGGCCAGACCACCGCCCUCACCCACGAGAACCAGGAUCUGGAAGAGAAGCUCAUGAAGGUGCGGGAGGAGAUGGAGCGCCAGGGCUCCGAGGUGGAGCAGCUGCCGGCGCUCUACGAAAAGCUCCAGUAUUACGAGUCCGAGGAGGCUGUCUAUGGCGUCUCCUUCGCUCGCCGGGUUGCUGCCGAGGUGCUUGGCAAAGAGGUGGAAGAGAUCGUCGGCCGUUUCCCACCCUCCAUGCCGAUGGAGAGGAAGACGCAGGCGACCAUGGACGGGGUGCUGGAGCAUUUGCGCACCACCAUGCGAGACGCCGAGAAGCUCAAAGAGCAGGUCAUCAAGCUGCGGCAGACGCUGGACGAGCUCAAGCAGCUGGUGCCCAUUUGGAACGAGACGACGAUGCACGAUGUGGUGGAUGCCUUCGACGAGGACUCCGCAGUGCACCGCCAGGUCUACACCAUGAGCGACAAGCGGAGCUUCGCGGGGUUAGGCCUGGACGAGAGCGUGCCUCCUUACCUCCGGGCGGAGGGCUUCGUGCGGUACCGCUACAUCUCAAAGAAGGAGUGCGAGGACAUCAUGGAAGCCUUCCAUGCUGAGUCCCCGCCGGACAUGAACUUCCAGCUGCUGCACCAAGAGCUCCACUCCUUCAUGCAGAGGCGCUUCUCGGAGGAGGAGUUCACCGAGUUUGCGUACGCCUUCAUUUGCAGCUUGGAGGCCUAUCGAGAUGAUCCUGACUUCGAGCUGUUUGACCUCAUGCUGGCUGGCGCCGUUCACCCGUCCAUCAUGCAGGACCAGGAGAACAUGCUGCGGGAGCUGCAAGCUCUGGUGCACAGCUGCGCGGAUGGUACGGAUUCUGGCCACCACGGGCGCGGGGGGAGGCUCACGGGCUUGAAGUCCGGCCGGGACCAGGUAACGCGGCGAGUGAUGCGGGCAGUCAUGCAGGCCAUGUUCCCAGAGAAGUCCGUGGAGCGAAUGAACGCCCUGAUGCGGGCCUUGCACACCACGCUGCAGAUGCUCUUCGACGCGGGCCGCUCCUCCAACCCGGACGCCGCCUUUGUAAGCGACCUCUUCUCGGCUUCUGCAGACGGGACCCAGAGCCCCCUCAUCGAGGAGAUGCGGCGGCAGCAUCUCCACGAGGUGCUGGAGUUUACCGCAGAGCUCUCCCACGCCCUCAUCAGGGCAGCCGGCGGCGAGAUUCGGGUAAACAUCCACGGCCGGAUGGACGCCUACAUGCUGAUCUCCAAAGAGGAUACUCUCCGCGUGCUCUCGGAGAGGAUUCCAGAGAUCAAGAGCGUCACCAUGGUGGACGCCAUGUGGAAGAUCGGGGAGGAAACCACCCCCUACCAGGUGGCGGAGGUGCUCCAAAAGUUCCGGCACAACUUCCUGCUGAAGCAGGAGAACGCAUGGGUGGUGGUGGGCCCCAAGGCCGUGGUCGAGAAGGCGCUGGAGCUCGGCUCAGGCCAAAAUUCAGUGCCAGAGGGUGACGAGGAGAAAGAGACGGGGCAGUUGAGCGCAAAGGCGCCGCAGCCCCGCCGGAACCGCGCCCUCAAGGUGCUGGACAACAGUUUCGCGCGGGACGAAGCGUACACCCCGCAGGCUCUGCAGAAGGAGGUGCGUCGCUCUGCAAGGAAGUUCACUGAGGAGGAGCCAACAGACUGAGCCACUGAGACAUCUGUGGGGUGGAUGGUGCAAAACAAAAUGGAUGGCAGAGAUAUCUGAUUUUUUAGGCUUUGAAAUUUUCUCAUCGCACCGAAGCGUCGAGUGACCAACCUCUGGCCAAAACGGCCACAGGCAAAGCCCCAGUCCUCGACCGCCCUCAAAACCGGGGCGCUCGGCUUCGGGGUUC